AUGUCAUUUGUUACUCCGAAGUCUGAUGGUGAUUUUGCUGGAAAGCUGGUUAUUAAGGCGCAAUUGGGUGAUGAUUUGCGUCGUAUCCUUAUUCAUAAUGAGGAGUUAACUUACGACGAGCUUACUUUGAUGAUGCAGCGUGUAUUCAAACCCAAACUUGAUUCUUUAGAAAGCUUUACCAUAAAAUACAAAGACGAAGAUGAUGAGUACAUCACGAUCGCGGAAGAGUUCGACUUAUCGUACGCCAUUCGUCAAUACAAAACAUUACGUCUUAAGCUCAUCGUUCCGCAAGCAAUGGACUCGUCUUCUAUUGAAGUUGUAUGUAAUGGGAAUGUGGGACAUCAACCCGACAUGGAGGGUUUAUUUGCAGAAGUCAGGCGUCUUCGAGAAGAUAUUAACAAACUUUCGGAGAAAUUCGAUCAACUUGUGACGACUUUUAAACCAGAAUCGAAUGUGAAUUCUUGCAGCGCUACUGGCUCUCCUACUCCCAAGAGGUCUGCAGAAACCGUCUAUGAUAGUGGAGUCAUGCCUGCCUCAUCCAAUGGACCGUCUAAACUUGAUCAUGCUCCAGCACUGCAGGACUCGUCAGCCUCUCCUUAUGAUUCAGUCCUGAGGAAGCCGUUCCUGUCCCAGCCUCCAGAACAGCAGCCUACUCUUUCCGCACCGCUGUUUUCAAAUAUUCCAUCAACACCCGUCUUACAAUAUGAACCACCGCCAGGGUCGGUAAUGAGGACGCCUCUGACAUCCUCAACGGCUGGAGUUGCGCCGAUGCCUCCAAAGCCACUACAGCCUCCGGCUUCAUCCGUGGCUAGUCUUUUGCCGUCAGGCUCCUUUUCACAGGUACAGGCGCAGGCACAACAGCCCGCACUCUUGCCCGCAACUAACAUUUCUUCAUCGCAACUGGCCACUUCGCAGUCUGUUUUCAAUCCACCUGGUCCACGUCCUGCCUUUAUGAGUGGACCGCCAAUGCCACCACAACAUACACAGCAAGGCCAACCUAUAGCACCGUCACCUCUUGUUGCAGCAUCCGCGACUCCGCCUCCGUUCCAGUCACAAUUACCAUCACAAUCAUCCAUGAUACCUCCGCCAUCGGGCGUAAACAGCAUUGUGCCACCCCCGCCACCGAUGCCAAUGGCAGGUAAUCGAUUCCCCACGUCAAUGAUGCCACCACCACCCCAUCCGGGAGUGCCGCCACCACCGCCGUCACAGGGUGUACCACAGCCACCACAAUCAAACAUACCACCGUCACAGCCUGGCGUGCCAACACCACAGCCAGGAAUGCAGCGAAUGCCGUUGCAGCUCGGCGGUCCGCCUUCCGGUCUUUUCGGUGCUGCGAUGCCACCACCACCUGCCUUCGGUGCCUAUGAUCAGCGCCCUACACUCUAA